CGCCCGGUUGUUGUUUCCCGUGGCGUGGAGGAAGAAGAAGAAGAAGAAGAAGAAGAAGAAGUUGUUCAACCCGCUCGGUCGGAGGAUUGGGAACACAGAGAGCCGAUAACAGACUCAAAAUCGAGGACGCUUUACUCGCACCCGUUACCAGGAGACGACCUGUAAACGUGAAUGGAGCCGGAAUAGUGGGCUUAAAGCCAGAAAGGAUUUAACCUACCCAUCACCUUGUUGUUGCUCCGCGCGGCAACUCCUCAAACACCGCGUGCCACACCGCUGUGUGAGGAGUGUACUGGGAGCAAACGAGGGAAUGACAUAAACACACUCGGAGAUGGUUUACUACUGCCCGCAAGCACAUUUAGAGACUCUGCUACGGCCGCUCCUGUAAUAUUUCCAGUGAUUAAACUGUACAGUCGAGAAUUUGGAGAGCGGAAAGUGUUUAUUUUGAAUAGCAAAGGGAUUAAUUAUGCCGGACCAAAUCACAGUGUCAGAGUUUGUUGCAGAGACGAAUGAAGAUUAUAAAUCUCCAACUGCCUCUAACUUCACUACCAGGAUGUCCCACUGCAGGAACACAGUGACUGCUCUGGAGGAGGCUCUAGAUGUGGACCGCAGCGUUCUGUACAAGAUGAAGAAGUCUGUGAAGGCCAUCUACACGUCUGGUCUGGCCCAUGUAGAGAACGAGGAGCAGUACACUCAAGCCCUGGAGAAGUUUGGAGAGAACUGUGUGUACAGAGAUGAUCCUGAUCUGGGUUCAGCUUUCCUCAAGUUCUCUGUCUUCACCAAGGAGCUCACUGCACUCUUCAAAAACCUGUUCCAAAACAUGAACAACAUCAUCACAUUUCCGCUGGACAGCCUGCUGAAAGGAGACCUGAAGGGAGUCAAAGGGGAUCUGAAAAAGCCUUUUGACAAAGCCUGGAAGGACUAUGAAACAAAAGUCACAAAGAUAGAGAAGGAGAAGAAGGAGCAUGCAAGGCAGCAUGGGAUGAUCAGGACCGAAAUCAGCGGGGCUGAAAUCGCUGAAGAGAUGGAGAAGGAGAGGAGAUUCUUCCAGCUGCAGAUGUGUGAGUAUCUCCUCAAGGUCAACGAGAUCAAAAUCAAGAAGGUCGAUCUGCUGCAGAACCUCAUCAAAUACUUCCACGCACAGUGCAAUUUCUUUCAGGACGGUCUGAAAGCUGUUGAUAACCUGAAACCUUCCAUCGAGAAACUGGCCACAGAUCUGCACACGAUAAAGCAGGUGCAGGACGAGGAGAGGAAACAGCUGACGCAGUUAAGAGACGUCCUCAAGACAUCGCUGCAGGUGGAGCAGAAGGAGUCUAGGAGAGAAUCACAGGUGCGGCAGAGCACCACCUAUAGCCUGCACCAACCACAGGGUAACAAGGAGCACGGCACAGAGCGCAGCGGCUACCUGUACAAGAAGAGUGACGGGUUGAGGAAAGUCUGGCAGAAGAGAAAAUGCACAGCGAAGAACGGAUACCUCACCAUCUCACACGGCACAGCGAACCGACCUCCAGCUAAACUCAACCUGCUCACCUGCCAGGUGAAACACAACCCCGAGGAGAAGAGAAGCUUUGACCUCAUAUCCCACGACAGAACAUAUCACUUUCAGGCCGAGGACGACCAGGACUGUCAGAUCUGGAUCUCUGUGCUGCAGAACAGUAAAGAAGAGGCGUUGAAUCAGGCGUUUAAAGGGGACCAUCAUGUCGGCGAGAAUAACAUCGUGCAGGAGCUGACCAAGGCGAUCCUGGGAGAAGUGAAGAGAAUGACAGGAAACGACGUGUGCUGCGACUGCGGAGCGUCCAACCCGACAUGGCUGUCGACCAACCUCGGCAUCCUCACCUGUAUCGAAUGUUCAGGGAUCCACAGGGAGCUGGGAGUCCACUACUCCAGGAUCCAGUCCCUCACGCUUGACGUGCUCAGCACCUCAGAGCUCUUGCUGGCCAAGAAUGUGGGGAAUGCAGGCUUUAAUGAAAUCAUGGAGGCUUGUUUAAACGCUGAAGACGUGGUGAAACCCAACCCAGCCAGUGACAUGCAGGCAAGGAAAGACUUCAUCACGGCCAAAUACACCGAGAAACGAUUCGCCAGGAAGAAGUGUCCUGACGCGACGUCGCGGCUACACACGUUGUGCGAUGCCGUGAAAGCCCGAGACAUCUUCUCGCUCGUCCAGGUCUACGCUGAGGGAGUCGACCUCAUGGAGCCCAUACCUCUGGCUAACGGACAUGAACAAGGAGAGACGGCUCUUCAUCUCGCUGUCAGACUGGUGGAUCGAACGUCUCUUCACAUCGUCGACUUCCUCACUCAGAACAGCUUGAAUCUGGAUAAGCAGACGGUCAAAGGCAGCACAGCACUGCACUACUGCUGCCUGACAGACAACAGUGAGUGUCUGAAACUGCUGCUGAGGGGGAAGGCCUCCAUAGAGAUCGCUAAUGAGGCCGGGGAGACACCGCUGGAUAUCGCUCGGAGGCUUAAACACCUGCAGUGUGAGGAGCUGUUGAACCAAGCACUGGCAGGGAAAUUCAACGCUCACGUCCACGUUGAAUAUGAGUGGUGCCUGCAGCACGAAGACUUGGAUGAAAGUGAUGAAGAUCUGGAUGAGAAGCCCAGCCCUCACCGCAGAGAUGAGCGUCCUGUCAGCUGCUACACUCCAAGCACCAACUCCCACCUCCAGGCCGGUCUGAGCUCUGCAGGCCGGGACUCUGUCGGACUCACCAAGGACAAGCAGCGCACAUAUAUACCUAACCUGGUCAACAACGAGACCUACGGCACCAUCCUCAACUCCACCUCGCCUCAGCCCGCCACUACCUCUGCUCCACCCCUGCCCCCAAGGAACCUGGCCCAGUUAUCCGGUCUGGGUGGGAUCAUUCAGUCGUCAGCACCCAGCAGCUGGAAGCCCGGUGCUUUAGACCUGGGCGGCAGGCAGAGAUCGUCCUCAGACCCCCCCAACAUGCACCCUCCUGUCCCCCCCCUGAGACUCACUUCAACAGGAGGUCUGGGUCCUGCUCCUGUGGCGAAGAUGGAGUCUUUGAGUAUCCAGUCAAAGUCCAGCCAGGGGCCGAUGGGCUCCAGAGUGGUGCCGCCUAAAUCUCCCUCAGGCAAUGAUAAAAGCUUCAGCAGAGGACCUCUCACUCGAACGCAAUCAAUCGAGAGACCAACCAAGGAAGUGCCAGGAUGCCCCCAGAACUCCAUAGGUCAGUCUCUGGCUCCGGCCCCCAUGCCGAGGAAGGCCUACCCAAAGCAGAGGCCGAAGCGAGUUAAAGCCAUUUACAACUGUGCCGCGGACAACCCGGACGAGCUGACCUUCUCUGAGGGCGAGGUGAUUGUGGUGGACGGAGAGGAGGACCAGGAGUGGUGGCUGGGCCACAUCGAAGGCGAUCCUAUGAGGCGAGGAGCGUUCCCCGUCACUUUUGUUCACUUCAUCGCUGACUGAAUGGUUUGGAAAAAUCCCCCCCCCCCCCUCUCCUCUCUGUCUGCGGCCUGCCAGCAACACAUCCACCAUCGUCCCAGUGCUUAAUCCAUCAUCACCCUCACUGGCAUCUUCAGCAAUGCUUGUUCCAGAGACUCUGCUGUGUCUAUUAUGGGGUGUCAUGGAGGCAACCAAAGCAGCCUUUUUUUUUUUUGAGAAGUCCGCGGGGGGGUCAAUCGUUACAGGGACUGUAUGUGGUUUAAUGCUUGUUUUAGUGUUUCUGACAAAGACUGUAAGAUUAAAAAAAAAAACAUGAUUGUAGAAGACCUCUCGCAAUUAAUGCACUUUCUUUGUCUUAAUCCUCGUUACAACAGAAUGAAGGUUUUAGUAUUUUCCUGCUCAGCUAUGUAUUUAACUUAAUAACUGUAAAUGUGAACAUAGUCAACAUGCUUACAUCCACCUCUGUGCAUGAGCGAUCUUAAAUGCCUACCUGCUUUUAGGUUCCACUGUUCAACCCUAAAAUAGGCGUCCUGUGUGGAGGCUUUCCCUAAUGGUGCUAAGUUAACCCUGAUAUAUGCUAAAAGCUGUAAAUAGGGAGCACUUUGAUCUCCCUGUACAGAAUACAGACUGCUAUUGAGAAGGGGAGGAACGUGAACAAAAAAUAAUGUACAGGGUUAUACAGAAUGUCAACACUUCAGUGCUUCCUCCUCUGCUGUUGAAGAGAAAAUGAUGAAGCCGACUGGAGCGAGUAAUUACCUUCAUGCCGAGUGUGUCACCUCAGGCUGCCUGCGCCUGUCAUCCGCCUUAUUAGAGGAAUAGGUGUGUUUGUGUGUGUGCGCAUGUGGCGUCUGCACAGAAUAAGCUGAGAAUAAAAAAAUAAUGAAGCGAGAGGAGAUGAAAAAGAAUUGUACAGUGAGAAUGUUUUUUUUAAACUUCCUCAUGAACAGGCUGUGACAGGCCAGUUGUUUUUUUUCCUCACAAAUGAUCUGAGUUUAGUCUUCAUCUUUGACACUCUGCGACUACACAGAACAUCCUUCAUUAACUUAAACCUCCUCUAUCUGGGGUCCUAUACUGUCUGAAAAAAAGAGUGUCAGAAGUGUUUUGGAAGAAAUAUAAAUGUGAUUAACUUUGUUUUGGUUGCAGAGCAACUCUUUCUGUUCAUAAUGUUGAUAUUGAGGCAUUUAACCUGAAACCAAGAGCCUUCCAUUGAUUAGUGAAUGACAGGAAGAGAAGCGAGUGUUUGUAGCUCAUCUGCGCUCUUCACUGUUUCAUACGAACUCACUGGAAACAGGAAGAUUAAAAAAAAAUCUAUUUGUGUAAAUAUCUGGUUUUGUUUUGUUGAUAUUUAAAUGUUCAAAAAAGGAGCUAAGAAGCAGCGUUAACCUGUUCAUUACAUGUUUAAUAUGCUGCGGUGACAGGCAUCUGUAGAGAUGACCUCGGCUGGACCUUCGUGUGUGUGUGUGUGUGUGCUGAGAACACAGACACACUCGCACGCAUAACUGGGAAAAUAAGUAAUUCAUUCUCAUUAUGUGUCUGUGGAUCUCUGCAUUGACUCUUUAACUCUAUUGUGAAAGCAAAUGGGGGAAAUGAAACUGGAACAAUAAAAUAUGAGAUAAUACAAG